AAUGGGGAUGAAGAAUCAACCAGACAGUGGACCUAUGCAGUGGACACAUUUAACAUCAACAACCUUAACCUGAUCUGUGCAUCAUGAUCACACGGUCUGAGUCUCAGUUUAAAGGUAGAAUUUCAUCGAUACUUCAAGUGUUGGUGGAAGCAGCAGUGACAGAAAUAUGUGAGCUUAUUGACCUCGAAGUUGCUACUUUACGUGCUGAGUUGUCGGUGUGCCGUUCAGAGAAAGGCUCUGCGAGAGGAAAGUUACAGUCUACGGAGGAGAAUAUUUCUUUUGGAAAUGGACGUGAAUUUGGAACUGCAGACAACAACGACACUUUACCACACGACAUUGCUGGUCGUGAACAGGCCGAGAGGAAAUUAUUCAGGAACCAGGGAACUCCCAAAACCUCACAGCCUUGCGCCCUGUGGAAUCAGCAGAGUGGCAGUGAAGAUGGCAAAAGUGCCCCUAUUGAGGGCACAGAAUUGGAUGCUGUUUCAGUCAAAAAGGAAAUGCUGGAGGAUUCGGAGCAGUCAAACAAAGCUAGAGACAAACAGGAUGCAGACACGUCCACGGUGGCAAUGGCCCUCCCUGAUCCUAAUGAGGACAUGGGCUCUUCACCAAGCCCCCAUACUGGGUUAGAGUGGGCUACCUCGGAAGCCUCAACCCACCUCAGCACCAAAUGUGGCUCCAAGUCUGAGCCCGUCUGUGACCGGUCCACUCACGGUGUCGCGGCUGCCGGCAGCAGACCCAGCUGUAUGGACUGUAGUCAUGAGAGUGAGGAUGACCUGCACGAGUGGGACAGCGCUGUGGCCGAGAAGCAUUACGCCCAGUCGGCCCAGCUGGCACAGGACGUGGACCUGCAGCGUGAGCAGGAAGAGGAGGAGCAUGGCGGUGCAUAUUUAACACAUUGGACCGACCCGGCGUCUCCACCAAGAGGUCCACCUCAAGCCCACCACUCGAUGCAGUAUCUGCAUGAGGAGCCGCCAGACCCGAUGGGGGGCUUUGGUUUGAAUCUUCCCCCCGGGACCAGCGACUUCCACAAUGUCCGGGGAGACCUUUCCGGAAGUCACCUGGACAUGGCUGUCCACCAUGGCGCGGACCUCGAGGAGAGGUACAUCUGCCCCAUGUGUGGCAAAAUCCUGCGGACUGACCGAGCGUUGCGGGCUCACAUGAAGGACCACACCACGUUGCACAUCUGCAAUCACUGUGGGAAGAGCUUCGCCAGGCUGACCAACCUCAGAGUGCACCAGAACAUCCACAUGGGACUGAAGCCGUACACCUGCAAAUUCUGCUCCAAGAAGUUCAGCGACCCAAGCAACUACAACCGCCAUAAACACCGCUGUCCACAGUCUGGCCAUACCUAGAUUACCUAGCUCCUAUUGGUCUGAAAACCCUAUGCCUAGCAUAUUAUGUGUUGGCAGGUAGUAGUAACUGUCAUUGUGCCUUGUUACAAACUUCUGAAAUUCUAACAUAAGCUUGUGGUCCAGUAUCAUGUCUGUGGAAUCGUUAGAAAGAGAGUUUGGGUAUUACAGAUUCUCAGACAUUGCUGAAACUACACACACAGCAGCUGAUCAUGCACUCAACGUUGGACUUUCCAGUAAAAUCGUAUUUAUUGUCAGGAUGUCAACAGUACACAUAGCCAGCCAUGUUAUUUAUUUAAUACAGUACAAUAAGGAUUUUGCAUUUUAUUGUAGAGAUGUUUUUUGCUCAUUUUUUACUAAUCCUUCCAGAUUUCUCUGUCCUGUUCUGAUGUACAUUUCCUGUCACAUAGACACUUGUUUGUGGGAGUAGACACACUCCUUGUUGCAUGGUCUCAGAGCCACACAGAGUCUCUCACCAUUAAAUAGCUGAAAUGGUUUUGAAUUUUUUAUUGAA